AAGAUUUUGGAAAAGAUACCUUUGCAAAACUCAAAGAUGACCUAUACAUAUGAUAGUUAUAAUUUUAAUUAUGAGGUUUCAGAUGAAAUUGUAUUUUUAUGUAUGACUGAUGGUACUUUCAGUAAGGCUCAGUCAUUUAGAUUUAUUCAACAAAUUAAAGAAGAAUGGUUCAAGGAGUAUGGAGAUUCUGGAAAAACUGUAGCCAAUAAUUAUGCCAUGAACAAGUCUUUCAAGUCCACUUUAAAAUCAAAAAUGAAUUAUUUCAACAAUGAUCCUGAGGCUAACAAGAUUCGUAAGAUCAAAAAUCAAAUUCAAGAAAUUCAAAAUAUUAUGGUGAUGAACAUCGAUAAAGUGAUACAAAGAGGAGAGAGAAUUGAUAUAUUGGUUGGCAAAACGGAUGAGCUUGUAGUUCAUGCAGCUGAAUUCAAAAAGAAAACUCACCAAUUGAAAAAUGCAAUGAUUUCCAAUACUGUGAAAAUGGCCAUUAUUUGUUGCAUAUUUAUUGUAAUUCUAAUAUUAAUAAUCUUCUUUUAUUUCUGUAGUGGAAUAUCGUGUGUUACUGGUGGAGAGAAGGAAAGUAAAAGUGACUCAGAAUAA